UCAUCAGUCUAGAGAAGUGAAGAGAGACAAUAAACAUGAAGACUUUUUCUUGCUUGUUGAUAGUGGCUACAAUGUUUUUGAUCUCCACUGUGGAAUCAAAAGGAAAGAAUAACCAAAGAAAUAACCAAAGGAAUAACUUUCAUAAAUAUUUUGAAAUAUAUAAGCCAAAAGGGUUAACAGUGUGGUAUCCAAAGUCACCUACAUUAGUGGAAGUUGGUGUGGAAGUAUUCCUGAACUCAAGUCGUGAAUCCAAUAACCUCCAUUGUGAUAUAUGCCUCAAUACGACAGCUUCCGAUUACGGAAAGUUUGUUAUGCAGGAUGAUAAUGCCGUUAUUCGAGCUGGAGAUAAUUUGCAGUACCGGUUUUCAUUCCGAUACUCAAAUGGUCGAACCUCCAUAAAAAACAAUUCUUUUUAUGUGGCAGAAAGCAAAAUUUUCCUUCAACAUCUACGAUGCCCAUCUACAAGCAUCCCGACUACCGAAACUCAGCUACCCAGAGCAGCUGCAUUGCAAGAGGACAUAGAUCUCCUGGAGGAAAUUGCGAAAGAUGUGUUCGAACAUUGCAACAACGUUACGGAAAUCAGCAAAAAUCUGUAUCUAGACUCCCGACCGGCACCAAAUCUUGAUCCCAAGAAGCUGUAUGAGUUCACUCUGAACGAGCUGCAAACCAUGCUCCCGAAAAUCAACUGGAACAAAGUGCUUGUGCACACAUUCUACUACAAUGAUGGAGUGGGAUUUGAAGUGAUGACUCAUAUUGAUAAGCUGAAGGUUCUGAAAUUGUCAAGAAACUUCAACCGGACCGCAAUUAAUGAUUUUGAUGAUUUGGAAGAAUCUACGAGUACUUCAAAUUACAACGAAGAUUAUAAUGAUGUACUUCCUUCCAGUGGCUAGAUAGUCAAUUAUCGCGUGGAAAUUAUAGGCACACUUUAAUGACCGAUGUCAAUGCAGCUCUAACUAUGAAUCAGUAAAGAAGGAAAUAAACUGA